GUCUUUGUGCUUUGGCGUUCGUUGCGCGCAGUUCUGGGGUUAAAUAACGGUAAAACCCAAUAAAUAAUAAUAAUCAACGACAUAAUUAAUUAAUCCUAACGUUAAUGAACGAUUAUACGUGAGAAUUGACGAUAAUUUCGUUGAAAUAAGAACGCCAGAGCGAAAAAAUUAUCAGCUCUUUGUUCAGUCCAUCACGCAUUGAGCUGCGCAUACACCAAAAAUGGCCGCAAAAUCUCGCAAUAACGAACUUGGACGCUCGUUUCUCGUGUUUUUGGAUUAAAAUCGCAUUCCCUGCUGCUGUUGAUCUGAAAUGAGAGUACCCUGGAUACCUAACGGUGACAACUAAGGGGGAAAUCGAGUAGGACAAUGGUAAAUGCAGGGAAUAAAUCCAAUUGGUGUUGGACACUCAACAAAGGACAACUCCAUGAACUUUCCCGUGAAAUCCGGUAAAAUCGUUAAAUUAACUAUAAUAACUGGACAAUUUCAAUCGUAUUACAAACUUUAUGAUGGAGGUGACAUUUAGUGCUGUAAAAUUUACACCUGCAAAUGUCAGCAUAUAAACAAUUUCCGUGACGAUAAAAUAUUGUUCUCGUGUUCUUAAUGUUGAUAACCAGAAGAUGACGCCUCUUGUGUCGUUCUGGACAAAUUCAGAGGUUUUUUAAACAUUUGUGACGUUUAUUAUAUUUUUUGGUUAUUGACAAUAUCACUGAAGUGUGGACUGAGAGACAAAAUUAAUAAAAAAAAAAUUAAUUUGACAUUCCGGGGUUAAAAAAAGUGUUAUUAAUAUUUCGGUGGUUCUCCUGUUACCGACUUUGUCAUAAAUAUGUGAGAUGACGUUUCGUGUUUGUGUUUUUCGAUUUUUUAGUGAGUGAAUUUAAUUUUGAAAAUCGCGAGUGUUUGUGGAGUGAAUUUUAUUUUCGUAAUCAUGAGUGCUUGUGGAGUGAAUUUUCAUCGAGGGAUUUUCCAGAGGAUUAGAAUUCUUCCAGAGGUUCCAGGUGGUGGUACGAGAGAUGAAAAACUUGGUUUCAUCCAACACCGGAAAAAUGAAAGCGAAAAAACCAGUGAUUCUGAGGGGCUCGGAAUCCCGUCUGUACACUGCAGUCUGCCCGUUCGUCUACAUCUUCAGGAUAUUUGGAGUUGCGCCCUAUGAGUUCGCUGAUGAUACCCUCGUUCCAUCGUGUGGAAAUGCCAUUUUUUCUUUCGUCUGGAUUUUUGGAUAUUCUUAUAUUAUUUAUGGGGUUUUGACGGGAUUUUAUCAUGUCGAUCGAGGGAGUCUUCUCCUGGGGCACACGGAGACUGUCAAGACAGUCUUCAACUUCUUGGUGUCGCUGAUGGACAUUUUCAUUGCGUUGUACUAUCGUCUGACAUUCACAAAAAUCUGGAAUUCGAUUCAAGAUUACGACGAGAAAAUUCGGGAGCUGGGGUAUGCCAGGAGCGAGCGAAGAGCUGGGAUUUUUGUUUGGUCAGCUCUGGUGGUGGCGUUCGUCAUGAUAUUGUUUAUCCAUCGUCUGGGAAUGUUUGCAUUUGUGCAAUCCUGGUGGGACAACGUAUCCUAUCUCCUGGUGUACAUCGGCACUGCGAUAUCAAUAGUCAAGUUCUCAUCAAUUCUUUUGCUGCUGGCAGAUCGCUUUCAGCAGCUCAAUCAAAUAGCAAUAAAUAAUAUACCUGUCAAGCCGAGGUGGAUUAAUAUUGUACCUGUUGUCAAUGCUAAGACAAUCGAGCGUCUCCACGAUGACCUGAUGGUGAUGGGAGAGGCUCUCGUGUCCAUGUACUCGUGGUCACUGAUGGCUUGGGUGAUAAAUCUGAGUUUUCACCUAGUCUUCAAUCUUUAUUUCGUCAUUGACUGGAUCCUCAAGCCUGGAAAUGCCUGGGCACUGGUUUUCUGCUUGCUUUCCUGGACCGUUGCCUUCACAGCUCAACUUAUUCUUCUGCAUUAUUCGUGCGACUGGGCAUCCACUGAGGCAAGCAAGAUGGCAUAUAUUAUGCUCUCCUGGAAACGAUGGCUCUACACCAGGGACAGAGGAUUGAUUGUCGAGACUUCUCUGCACUUGAAGAUGAGAAGGCUGGAUUUUACAGCUGCUGGUUGUUUUGACGUUAAUCUCCCUCUCCUUCGCUCGAUAACGGCUACCCUGACGACGUAUUUAGUGAUUCUCCUACAAUUCAGCGAGACACCACAGUGAAAAGAUCCAGAAUCAAGUAAAAAAUAAAUAGGUGAGGGAUGAAAAAUAAAUGCUAUUCAUCACUGGACGUGUAGAUGGCAAGGCAAUAGUACAAACCCUCUACCACCAACCUGAUGGAUUUACGAGAGCCAGUUGAAUUUUAUAUCUACUUUUCUUUACCUACCCUCAACGUGAUUGUGGCAGGACUUUAUUUUCUUCAUCCCUUGUGCACCUCGUGUUGAGAUCCAAGUUGAGUCACGUCCAGACCUCUUUUACUCGCUUCUUUUCCCAGUGGAGCACCAGCUAAACACCAACUUGAAAAGCUUGUCGUCAACAUGCCCCUUCAACUGAAUCAACAGAGCAUCGAAAUUUUUCUGAAUUCACGUCUCGAAUUUAAUUAUUCAAGUUAGGCUGGGGCAAUUCAUUCGGCUGAGGAUUUAUAUUUUAUCGAAGGAAUUCAUUUUGAUUUGUUACUCAAGGGGUUAAUGCUGAGAAUCGAGCACCUGUGGAGCCUCAAGACUGUUUGAAUUCGGAUAAAAGAACAUAUUUGCACGGUCAGAUGACGACGAAAGGGUGAAACACGUACCUGGGGGAAUCUUCGGUGGACGCGAGCGUCAAUUUUCCACACCAUCACCCCGGAAAAUUGCCCUAGUCCUCUCCACCUCAUGUGAAACGAUCGUGCGAUCUCAUCGACUAUUCGCAUUUGCAAAUACUGGAGACGCUGGGAGCUGAUAAAAUCACAAAAAAUAGGUA